GCAAACGGGUUCCGGAUAGUUUAUACAAGACCUUGUCACAGGUGCAUAAUUCUGAAGCUUGCUGGAGGAGUAAACACUGUUGGCGAUUUUUCUACACUUCAGUUUCACUGUCAUGGUGGUUGAACACUUGACCGGUAUGCGUUACAGUAUUACAUGGAUUUUGCUGGGACACAUCAACUUCCUUACGUGCUUUAUUCUGCAUAUAGAUCCGGUCACUGAAUAGCAAAUAGAAGACUAAAUCGGAUCCGGAUCUCAUGUCCGUACCCACUGCCACACGCCCUUUCACGCUCCGCGACUUUCUCGACCUUACUGGGCUGGUGAACUCAAACAGUACUGCACUCCCCGUUCAGUCAUCAACCUCUUCAGACCCCUACAGCAUGGCUUAUUUGAACACGUACUCUGAUCACUCCGGUUCGCACUUAGCUUAUCCUAUGUGGAAUAGCCAAAAUGGGUUUUCAUAUCCACCGUAUUCAGCUCCACCGCCACCGGUUCCCUCCGGUAUUUCAGUGAUCCCAACACAGCUUGGUCAUCAAACUCAAUUGCCCGGCUACUCCAGCAGCAGCGCGCAUCGUGUACCGCCUAUUCCUCAACGCAGUGACAGUUUCCGAACACACGCCAAUCCAAACACAGAUAUACGAAAACGACCCCAACUAAGACGUUCAAACACAGUGGGGGCAAGCAAUAUUGGAGAUCGAAUCCCUGGUGUGGGAGAUCGCGUACCCAUCAAGGCUGACAAUAUAAGCUUCUCUGGUAAAAUGGACGCGGUCCCGCACAGACGAUUCAGUGAAGAACCAAGGUAUGGUCCCAAUGAACCGGACGGGUUGCGAUCCAACGAGCUAAUUCGACGAUUUCUCAUGCAACCCAACAAACGUAUCGCCCCAAUCGUUUCGACUGGUCCGUCACCAACGGAACGUGUGAUGCGAAAGUUUGUGACGGGAAUCACAUCUAAUCUGGAACGCUUCGAAGGAGUCCCUGUGACAUGCCCCACUUCAUCGUCUUCCUAUAUCGAAUCGAUACCGCAAACAACGCCUAGCAGUAUGGAUGCUGCUGGGUUUGGAAUUGCCACAAGAGGUGGGCGCGAGUAUACAGUAGAUGUCGGUGGUCCAGUGGCCAUCGAUCAGCCACGGUCGGGAAGUCUAUCCAAAUCUGGGAUACUACCGAACCGAACAACGCUGGCCUCUCACACGCCGGAACAGUUCAGUAUAUCAAAGACCCAACUUUCCAACGAGUCAAUCGAGUACAGCGAACCGGAAAUGGAUAUACCGGAUGAAUUACGAUUCACAGCCGAAAGGUUCCAAGGACAACUGACUAACCUACUUGAACUCUGCCCCACUAACCGGCCGUUCGAUUUCACCGCCAAUUCCAUGCGGUCUAGCCAAGAAAGCCUACCAUUUCAAUCCCGAUUCCAGCCAGAUCUGUCUGAGCUUCGGAAAGAAUAUGAGUACGAACUGGAACGCUUGACUAGGGAACAUGAACUACAAUUAUUCCGAGUCAAAAACCAAGGCGUCAUGAAAGUGUGCCAACUCACAGAUCGGAUCGAAGUGUUGGAACAGGAAGUCGAAAAAUAUCGUAUUCUAGCUGGGAUUGAAAGGCUUACAAAAUCUCCGAUUCUUGAUGAACACACCCGUGGUCAUGGACGUUUGAACGCAUAUAGAUAUUCCGAUGCUUCAGAAGAGGAUUCCAGACAUUCCUCAGCUGACGGACGAAGAAAACGUAUUCAGAGAGUUGGCUUUAGUGUGCCGGACGCAUACGACACUAGCCCCCCACAUACAAGGGCAACGGUGAGGCCGAGGGCAAGCAGCGAAGUAGCACACUCAUCCUUCGGUCAGUUUAAGUUGCGUGAGGAUGACCGGGUUCAUCGUUUAGAAGGUGUCACAGACCAAAUCUCACCUCCCCCUGCACCAGUAGAUGAUCUGGUAAGAACAAAAGCCUUUCUUCGGAAGUUCAAAGACUAUAGCAGCGGCACUACAGAUUCUGGGCUCGCCGGAUCCAAGGGCAGUCGCCACGAUUCCCGUGAUACUACCCAACAAUCUAUCACCUCCAAUGAAAGUAUAGAACAAAAGGAUUCUGACGACAAUGUGGUCUAUUUGGAUUCGGCGCUGGUUUGUUGGUGGGCACCACAUUGUCAAGCGAUUUCUGAUGUUCCGGAAAUUCUUGCUGCAAAGGAACACUCUGCGAUCGGCACACAUCUGAACUGCACUCGACGCUCCCACUACGGCCCUGGAGCGCGACUGACAAAACAAGCCAACCAACUGUCGAUUGACAGCAGUUUCGAAACCUCCUCCGACGGGAGUAACAAAUUCCAGCUGACCGGACUUCAGCUAGCCGAUGCAAAACGAGAGUCUACCCAGGGACUGAUAAACACACAAAUACGGGAGAGUGUUCAAAGAGCUCCUCGGUCUUUUGCACCGAAACCUACGCAGGCAGUUGGAACGACAACAGACGGCGAAUACGGUAGCAAAGCAACUGCGCAUACCAUUCCCCCUUAGCUUCGGACCACUACAACAAAUGGAACCCUUCAAACACAAGGCUGCCACGGCUACAGGCAACAAGACUCAAGGUUACGGCCGCAGACACGUUAGAGACAAUCAAUCAAGCAAGCCCGAUCACAACCCACCCACUCAUCCCGACCCUGCAUCCAAAGUGAUUUCCUACCCAAAUUCCUUCAGCAGUUUUGGAAUCAACUUUUUCUUUCACUGUGGUUGGCAAGUUUUUCCUGUGUAGACAAAAGCUUCUAGAACCUCAAGAUGCUCUCGAAGGAAUUGAUUUUGAGAUUUGUGUUUUUCACAAGGAGUAUGAUUGAUUUUUUCUGAACCCAAAAGAUAUAGAAAUUGUGG